AGCGUACUGUUUCUCAAGCGUACUGACUUUACCGAUUAGUGAUUGGCUCUUUCAUUCAGACGGGGCUUCCUGCGAUUGAGCGGCCAUAUUGAGCGUUGCAUUUUUCCCUAUUCAAAACUAUACGAGUGACAUGUCUUGGGUAUUCUAUAGUCUUUGGUUUUCUAAAAUAAAAUGAAAUAAAUGUACACAAACCAGUGUCUUUUAGUAUCACAGAGAUACUUUUAUAGAUUUUAUGCUAAUAUUUAGGGGCCAAACACUGAAGGUUCUUCUUCUUCUUGCGUUCUUGAGCCCAUAGAACCGCUUAUGAAAUUUGGCACACAGAUAGAGGACAGUCUCAACAAUAACCAUAGCAAGUUUGGAGUCUCCAACUUAUCGUCGUAUGAGCAUCCAGACCAUACGUACCGUGUUCAGCGUGGACACCGGCUACCGUCUGUCCGACGACCAGAUGGUCAAUCACUUCCCCAACCACUACGAGCUGACCAGGAAGGACCUGAUGAUCAAGAACAUCAAGCGCUACAGGAAGGAGCUGGAGAAGGAGGCCAGUCCCUUAGCCGAGAAGGACGAGAACGGGAAAUACCUCUACCUGGAUUUCGUGCCGGUGACGUUCAUGCUGCCGGCCGACUAUAACCUGUUCGUGGAGGAGAUUCGCAAGAGUCUGUCCAGCACGUGGAUCAUGAAGCCGUGUGGGAAGGCGCAGGGCAAAGGCAUCUUCCUCAUCAACAAGCUCUCUCAGAUCAAGAAAUGGUCUCACCAACGUGGCCAUCCAGAAGCACGGCGUGAGUUAGUGUGCAUAAAACCUACACUAUAUGGACAGAAGUAUUGGGACCCCUGAUCAUUACACCAACAGGAGAGAAGAUGGUCAGCUGUGAGUGUUUGCUGUGAGUUCCUGGGUGUAUGGAGCUAAGAACUGACUGCUGAUGGAAGUGGUUUUGUUUGUGAAGUAAUUAGCAAAAUCAUCAGCUGUUAAAGAGAUAGUGGGAGGUGGCAGAGCGGGACAGAGGAUAACACUUUGAAGAGUUUAUGUGUGUCUGAUGCGCUGUUGAUCUCAUUAUGAAAAAAGAAGUUUUGGCAGCAAGCUUAUCAAGCAAGCUUUGUUUCAUGUGUUGUUGACUUGUAUUUAUUUAUUGUCAUGGUUACUUUUAUUUAUUCUUUUACUCAUUUAUUCAUGUUUCCUGUUGUUGUCAGUAAAUAAAAUAUAGCCCAACUGUUUCAUUAACUUAUGCAUUAAUUCAUUACUUGAAUGAAAAUUGAGAUGUAUUCACCUUGGCUGAAUUUGUCUAGUGUGUAGUCAUGCAUAGCUAUGGCAUGUGAAAAAACUAGGGGUGUCCCCGACUAAGGAUUUUCGAAUCAUGCCGAUAGUCGACUGAUAGUCGAAUCAUAUAUUUGGGGGCGGGGCAAAUACAUUACCAAGAGUCAAGUCAGACAUUCGACAGUCAUAAAUACACAGGGAAAAUGUGUAACGAAUGGACGCCUCGCAGAUACAAACGGGGUAAAUAAUGUUUUAUGUUUUGAUUAAAAGACAGUUAACAUUAAACGUCAGCGAAACCCUUAAGAAUUCACAAAUUUUUUUUUACAAUAGUGCCGUCAUCAUAACGUUAUGUAGGCUAUAUGAUCGUAGUUAUAAUGUUCUGCAUUUCUGUUUUGAGCUGCGCGCGCUGCAGAUGACCAGUAGAAUGAAGCAUUUGAUAGCAGGUUUUUAAUCAAUUGGAUUUAACUCAUUUAUCUCACAUAGAAUACGCUUCGUUAUUUAUAUAACGUAACGUUAAUAUUACCACUUAUAGGCUAUCUGCACAAAAUGCCCCUAAUGCACAUGAACGCGUCUGCGCGGCUCUGAAUGAACUCCUUUUGUGGACGCGUUCUUCACGCAAUAACAUGCAGAAACAACU